AAGCACACAAAAUCAUGAUCGCAGAUCGAGCAUACCUGCAAGUUCAAUGGAAAAAAUUGAAGAGAGUAGACACUGAUAAUCAAAUUAGUUACACCAGGCAGAUUAGAAGCAGGAGCAGAAGUACGCCUUCAAUUGCAAGCCAAAGUAGACACUGAUAAUCAAAUUAGUUAUGCCAAGCAGAUUAGAAGCAGAAGCAGAACUACUCCCACAAUGGAAAGCGAAAUUGUAUCGUGAUAAUAAGAAAAGGCUGGGUUCUGAUGAACCCAACCUUACUGGUUUUGUUGAAGGCUGGGUUCGUCGAAACCCAAAUCUGCUAGGUUCUGAUGAACCCAGCCUUGUUGGUCGUGCGAACCAGCCUUGUUGGUUUCGUCAAAACCUAGCCUUGCUAGGUUCGUUGAAACCUAGCCUUGCUGGGUUCGUCGAAACCCAGACUGGCUAGGUUUCGAUGAACCCAGCCUUGCUGCUCUCGCAAACUAGCCAUGCUGUUUCAACGCUGGGUUCAUGUUUUUUCAUUCUUCUUUCGAUUUCCAUUCCCAAUUGUUAAUAAAUUUGGGAGUUGAUU